UCAUUAUCUACAGUAUGGUAGUGGACUUUAAUAAAUACCUUAGACUGUCAAAGAAGAGAGAAUUGUUGAACAUCGACAUCUGGUUCAUUCACAAAUGCAUCAAAUUCAAAGUAACACCAACUUUUGCAAAAUGUAAGGUACCUUUCACUGCUACUUUAAACUUUAAAUUACAAACAGAAAGGAAAUUUCUUCAAAAUGAACUAUGUAAACAUCAUGCUCAAUUAGAUAAUAUUAACGUCCAGCUUAAAAUACUUUAUGAUAACAUUGUAAGAGAGGUGUCAUUUGAUAAUUUCAGAGAUUCCAUAGCUAAUCAUUUAGACAAUCUAGAGUACAUUAAACAUUCUAAAUUCAAUAGAUUAAACAAUAAAUUACACAAUUUGUUAAAAAAGAAAAAUAAUCUUAAUAGUAAUAGUCAAAACACUGAUAGAUUGAUGGGUUCCUUUAGGUUUAGAUUUCACAAACGUACAGUCAACUUAUCAAAUUGCUCCUUUUCUAAUAAAGAACUUGAUUUUUUGUCUAACGGAUUAAAAUUCUCUACUUUAGUACCAUUUAACAAUAAAAUGGUUGAAGAAUUUUCAGUUGACAUAGACACAGUUAUAGAAAGUUUACCUUUAGAUUACAUUUCUAAAACCAACUUGAAAAGUAAUUGUUUCCUUUCUUUACUAAAAGAUCUUAACAAAUUUAAUAAUAAUGUCAAUAACAUUAAAAUCAAAUGUUUUAAACAACUACAUCUGAUUAGACAAAUAUCUACCAAAUUGAAUAGUAAUAACCUUAUCGUUACUAAAGCUGAUAAAGGUAACUGCCUUAUUAUCAUGCAUCAUAGUGAUUACAUUCAAAAAACGGAAGAAUUUUUAAGAAAUAACAACUUUGACGUUUUAGAUAGAAGUCCUUUAAAUAAAUUAGUUACCAACUUAAAAGCUACCUUAUCUACACAUAAAGAUUUCCUUCUAGUACAUAAGAUGAAAGAAAAAACCUUCAUUUUGUCAAAUCCUCAAAUACCUAGACUAUAUGGUUUGCCAAAGAUUCAUAAACCUAAUGUUCCUAUGAGACCAGUGGUUAGUUUUUAUAACACUCCAGUUGUUGCAUUGUCUAAAUUCAUUAAUACUAUUUUACAAUCUUCAAUAUCUUUGCAACCUAAUUAUUCUGUUAAAAAUUCUACUGAUCUAGUAAAUAAAUUGUCAGUUUUAAAUUUACCUAGAGACUUCUUUCUAGUUUCUUUCGAUGUAAGUAAUUUGUUUACGAACGUACCAAGAGAUGAAACCAUUCCUAUAGUGGAGAAUUUACUUAUUAAAAGUAACACUAAUAGAGGUACAAUUUCCCACAUGUUGGGUUUACUUAAAUUAUGUUUGUCACAAGAUUUCUUUUCUUUCAACAAUAUUAUUUAUAGACAGGCACAAGGCCUUGCAAUGGGAAAUCCCUUAUCACCUGUACUAGCAGAUUUGUUCUUAAAUAACCUUGAGUGUAAUAUCUUUGACAAUCAUUCUUCAGUUCAUAAUCCUUUACAAAAAAUCUUGUAUUGGUUCAGAUAUGUGGAUGAUGUGUUAGCUAUUAUAGAUGGAAAUUCCUCUGAUGCAGAAAAUAUUCUAGUUUCACUCAAUAAUUUACAUCCAGCCAUAACAUUCACUUUAGAAACAGAGUCUAACAAUUCUAUUAAUUUUCUAGACCUAACAUUGACUAGAAUAGAGAACAAAUUAAGUUUUUCAGUCUUUAGAAAACCAACUCAGACUGACCACACUAUCCCUAGAUCUUCUAAUCAUCCUUUUCAACAGAAGAUGGCAUCUUUUUAUUGCUAUAUCCACCGUUUACUUAGCUUACCAUUAUCAGACACAAAUUUUACUUCUGAAUUAGAUAUUAUUAAACAACUUGCAUAUAGUAAUGGUUACUCCCCUACUUUGGUUGACAACAUACUCAACAAAUUAAGGAAUAAAAGGAAUAGAUCUCUAGCUUAUAAUGCUACUCCUGACAAUUCCAAUUCAGAAGUUAUGUAUAGAUCUAUAUCAUACAUAGGUUAUCCUUCAGACAAUAUAGCCAAAAUCUUAAAUAACAUUCCUAACUUAAAACUCUCAUUUAAAUGUAAGGAAAACAUCAGGUCUAUUUUUUCUCAUACUAAAGACAGAAUUAAAAAAAAAAACUUCUAAAAGUGGCAUAUAUAUAAAUUGUCAUGUGGUGACUGCCCUGUGACCUACGUGGGUAGAACGAUGCGACCGUUGGAUACACGUAUUAAAGAACAUCUUUCAAAGAUCGAUAAAUCUAGUUUUGGUCAUCAUUUGCAUGCAUCGAAACACAGCUUUAGUCCCCAAAGAGACAGUAGGAUCCUACAUAGCAUACCAAAUAAUAACUAUACUAAAAUGAAUCUACUAGAAGAUCUAGAAAUAAGUAGAGAAAUGAAAAGAAAUCCUCAAAACUGUGUUAACACUCAGAUUCAAUUAAAUUGUAAAUUUGAUCCUAUCUUUAAGAAAUUUCUUUAAUAAUUUUGGUUUAGUAUACAGUAUACCCAACAAUUGCUGUAGGUAUUUUGAACAUUACUUUUUCGGUAUUCUUGAGUUUUCUUUCAUUGAUUACAUAUAAGUAGAAUAUUUGAGAUUUGACUUAAUCUUUUGGUAAAUUUGUUAAUUUUAUAAAAUAACAGCUUUUGAACUCUGAACUUGACAAAUGAGACUUCUCCUUGGUUUGUUUUCAUCUAACUUCUUUUCUACACUUGGUCAAACCAUAACGGUUUGUUUUUAAAAGAAUUUUUGAUAACUUACGUACACGUUAACAUUUCACUUCAAUAUUAAUAUUUGUAAUUUUGAAAAUUUAACUUUAUAAAAAAAUUUAGUAUCUUCACUUAGAAUUAAUUUAACCAACACAUGGCCUUUUAGCCAUUUUCAAUUUAAUUAAUUUUUAUUUACAUACCAAUAUAGAGGGCGCAUAAAUUAGUGGUUCCUUCUUUAUCAUUUGAAUGAAUGACAGCGCUCAGCUGUUCACGUGAACUCACAACGGUUUGACGCAGCCAUGUUGUAAUUUUAAAAUAAAAAAAGAAUUUAGAUGUGAUAACUUUUAAUUUUAAGGGUUUUAUACCCAAUAUCUGUGGCUUUUGCCCAGUAUCCAUGAUUUAUCAUGUGAGUUUUAACAAUUACUCUUCUAUGAAGGAUUUAUAAGAGGACGAAGCUCUGAUGAUGGCACGUUAUGUGCUGAAAGUACUUAGCUGAUUAUUAAAAGUUUUUUUUACACACUUUCAAUUUCUUUGAGAACAUACACCUGUUUGCCGGUUUGACCAUUUUCAUCUUUGUCAGUUUCCUUUAGUUGUACGUAGCAGGCGUACUAUAACCAUUUGGUAGAAGACUUAUGUAAUUUUGUGCCCUAUAUAUAUGUAAGAGGUAUUUAAGUUUAUAACAGAUAACAUUAUUGUUGUUAUCUUUAAAAUAUAUAUAGCUUCUUGUAUAACUUAUGUCAUUUUAGAAUUACAUGAUAUAUGCUUGUCUAACUCAGAGAUUGUUAAAAAUCUAGUAGUUAUUUUAAUAAAUAUUUAUUUAUUUUGUAUAUCAUGAAUUUUACUACUCCUUUAUGUUCAUUAUUACAGGUUUGAUAUAUUUAAUAUUUGACAGCAGUAUAAGAUACCUGGGAGAAUGAUCGAAGAUCAUUUUCAUGGCGCCCAUGAUUUGUUAGUUUUAUUUAUUUUGUUCGUCUUUAGCAAUUAUCCAUCUUCAUUCAGUUUCAGUACAUUAUUCUUAUUUUAUUAUUUCAUCUUUUAGUCAUCAUUACUAUCUAUAUAGAGCUACUGUUCUUCGACAGGCAUGCAAACGAGCCGUAUCCAUCCUUGAGUGUCAAGUUGCUCUCUUGCAUCUAUAGCUAGCCAACUCUAUUCAGUUUGCCUCUGUCUCUUCCCACUUCUACUUCUAUCCCUUCUAAUCCCC